AUGGCGACAACAAAACCUGCAGUGAAUUCAAGGGGAGGAAUUGUUCGUCGUCUUGGGCACCCGCACAUCGUGAAGCUCAACGAUGUUUUAGCGACUAAGACCAAGAUCUACUUCAUCAUGGAGUUCGCCAAGGGUGGCGAGCUCUUCAUGAAGAUCUCCAAGGGGUGGUUCAGCGAGCAUCUCAGCCGUCGGUACUUUAGCAGCUGUUAUCUGCCGUCGAAUACUACCACUUGCGGGGAGUGUACCACCGUCCAGUCCGAAGGUCUCAUCCAGACACUCUGCGGGACCCUUGGGUACGUGGCGCCGGAGAUUCUCACGAAGAAGGGGUACGACGGCGCGAAGAUCGACAUCUGGUCGUGCGGCAUCAUUUUGUUCGUUCUGAAUGCAGGAUACCUACCUUUUAACAACCUAAAUUUUUCUAAAGCUUCCUCAAUGUUCUUUUCAAAGACUCGGUCUCGCCCUUUUCUCCUUCUUGGGUUUGCCGUGGAGUUUGAACGUGAAGUGCCCAGUAGUGAUCUUCCCGCCGGCCAGCCUCCUACCUACACACAGAGAAACCUUCACUUCAUUCUCCUCGAGGUCUUUCAGAUUCGAGAUUUGUGGAAUUGGGAAUUAGGGAUUUGA